AUGGAUUCCUCAUCCACACGACUCAAGAUCGCUGUCGUGGGCUGCGGCCACGGCAAGCAGGAUUUAAUAUACGCCACUGCGGAAUCGCAAUGCCGCCAAAGGGGAUGGUCCAUUUCAGACCUCGAUCUUUUGCUAGUCUGCGGUGAUUUCCAGGCCGUGCGCAACGCGCAAGAUCUCAAUUGCAUGUCGGUCCCGCGCAAGUAUCGGGAGCUCGGCGAUUUCCACAAAUACUACUCCGGCGCCGCUGUCGCGCCCGUCCUCACGCUCGUCAUCGGCGGCAACCACGAGGCGUCCAACUACCUGUUCGAGCUCUAUCACGGCGGAUGGCUCGCGCCCAAGAUAUACUACCUCGGCGCUGCGGGCGUCGUCCGUUAUGGCCCUCUGCGCGUGGCCGGCCUGUCCGGGAUAUACCAGCAAAAGGACUACCGUGGCCCUCACCACGAGCGGCUGCCGUACGAGCGCGACGACAUCAAGAGUGUGUACCACGUCAGAGAGUACGACGUGGACAAGCUCCUCAGGCUUGAAAGCGGCGUCGACAUAGCCAUGAGCCAUGACUGGCCGGCUUGGGUUGAGCUAUUUGGCGAUUACCAGAGCUUGUUUGCGCGCAACCCGCACUUCGUAUUGAGUGCCAGCAAAGACGGUUUGGGUAGCUUCCCGGCCACGGAACUCCUGAACCACCUCCGUCCUGCCCACUGGUUCUCGGCUCACAUGCACUAUCGCUUUGCCGCGACGAUACAGCAUACGGCGGAGCGCAUCGAGGACACCGUGCGGGCCCUGCCCAUAAUGGCUUCCACCCGUGGAAAGCUACCGGUAUUCAAGUCGCAGCGAAAGUAUUUUGUCUCUGGAGUUAAGCCUGCUGGGGCACGGCAGACCACGGACUUUCUCGCGCUCGACAAGUACAAGGAAGGCCGUUCUACAACCAACUUCCUGGACCUGGUUGAGAUUGAGGUCCCCAUGCGAGCAGAAGAUGCUCCGUAUAUGAAGAAGCGGGCAGGAAGUGACAAGUUCGACUUGUGCUAUGACGAAGAAUGGCUCGCCAUCACCAGGGCAUACAACGACUCUCUCCGUGUUCAGGAUCCAGAGACGCUCGUCGUUCCGCCGGAUAAGGGCAAAAGCAAAAGGCCGUCCGCAGGUAGUAUUAGGAGACAUAGAGACUGGGUUCGGCUCAACAUUGUAGACAAGGGGCUGCUGGAAGUGCCGCGGCGAUUUUCCGUGCACGCGCCGGUCCACAACGCGGCGAUGGGGGAGACGAUGGAGAUGCCGCGCGAGUAUCCGAAUUCGCAAACUAAAGACGUCCGAUGA